AUGUGGAUCCCGUUCAGCUUGACUCGACUCGACUCGACUCAACUCAACUUGCCUCACCUCACCUCAUAUCACCCUGCCUUGCCUUGCCUCACUUUUGUUUUGACUCGAAACGGCUCGUUCCACCUCACCUCACCUCACCUCACCUUACCUUACCUUACCUUACCGUACCUUACCGUACCUUACCGUACCUCAAUGCACCUUACCUCAUCUAACCUUUUCCUUUGUCCGUCUAUCAGAAGCAGCAAUAGCAACAGCAACAAUGAUGAUGAUGAUAACGAUGAUAACGAUGAUGAUUAUCAUGUCCGCAUGGCCUUUACACAAUCAAAUCAAAUCAAAUCAGUUUGA